CUUCAGUCCACAUCUGACAGAACUUGCCACUGUGCCUGCAACCUUGUCUGAGAGGAAGUAAGGACUGGUGUGAGGAGGGAGCUGCUAGCCCUUCUCUGAGGAUGGACACUUCUCACACUACAAAGUCCUGUGUGCUCAUUCUUCUUGUGGCCCUACUGUGUGCAGAAAGAGCUCAGGGACUGCAGUGCUACGAGUGCUAUGGAGUGCCAAUUGAGACUUCCUGCCCAGCAGUUACCUGCCGCGCCUCUGAUGGAUUCUGCAUUGCUCAAAACAUAGAAUUGAUUGAGGGGUCUCACUCUAACCUCAGGAUAGACUACAAGUCCCCAUGUAGCCCAGUUUGGGAUUGAACUCAUAAAAAUGCUCCUGCCUCGGUCUUCCAAGUUCUAGGAUUGCAAGUCUGACUUCAACAUGCCUUACAGACAACUCUGGGACAUCCAGGCCUAGUGGCAUGUUGCCCAGAUAUGGGGAUGCUCUGUGGCCCCUGCAUAAGAAGUGAGUCACUCCCUGAUUUCUUGCAGACUCUCAAAGAAGGAAACUAAAGACCCGUCAGUGCCUUUCUUUCUGCCCUGCUGGUGUGCCAAUCAGGGAUCCUAACAUCAGGGAGAGGACUUCCUGUUGCAGCGAAGACCUCUGCAAUGCAGCAGUUCCCACUGCAGGUAGCACCUGGACCAUGGCAGGGGUGCUUCUGUUCAGCCUGAGCUCAGUCGUCCUGCAGACCUUGCUCUGAUGGUCCUUCCAAUGACCCCCACCCUUUUCCUUUUAUCUUCAUGUGCAACCACUCUUUCCUGGAGUCCUCUAGUGACAAAUUAUAUGUUAUAGAAGGUCCAAUGUGGGGAUAGUGUGUGGAACACCCUGUUUCACCUUUAUAGCCCCUGCUGGGUAAGUGCCCGACUCCUCUCUAGGGCUUUCAAAUCUGUACUUCUUGCAAUGCCAUUUAGUUGUGGAUUUCUAUUCUUGGCCCUGGAGGCAUGUGGCCAGCACAUGCAACAGGCAGUAUUCCAAGGUAUUAUAGUAUCACCAUCCACACAUAAGUAUCUGGGGUCCUGCAGGGUUCCCAUGUAUGCCUGUCAAUGACCCCUGUUGAGUCCAAUAAAAGCUUUGUUCUCCCAGCCAAAA